CUGUUGUUGUGAUUGACAGUCUAGCAGGAGUCAUGUUGAACUUUCGUUUUGGUCUUUGUCGGGACAAGAAUGUCUUAAGUAACUGAACGACGAUGUCAGAAAUACUGAUGAAAGAAAUGGAGAGUAUAUCGAUCGGUCCAGUGAAGCCGGAGGAGCGAACCGACGGUGUCCGGAGCUUCCUGCUGGUGGACGAACAAGAAAACCUGCAGGUCCACGAUGAGACAGAGUUUGUGGAGAGACUCGGCUGUGCGGACGUCGCAGGUGUCAAGGUCCUCUCCAUCUUUGGCAACACUGGGGAUGGCAAAUCACACACCCUCAACCACAUUUUGUUUGGUGGUGAGAGUGUGUUCUACACCUCCAAGUCCCCCAGCUCCUGUACAGUGGGAGUGUGGGCCGCUUACAACCCCUCUCUUAGUCUGGUCGCCCUGGAUACAGAGGGCCUCCUGGGAGCCGCCGCCAAUCAGAACCAGAGAAUGCGGCUGCUGCUGAAGGUGUUGGCAGUGUCUGAUAUCGUUGUCUAUCGUACACGAGCGGAGCGACUCCACAAUGACAUGUUUCACUUCCUGAGUAGUGCCUCAGGGGCCUACCUGAGGCACUUCACCCCAGAGCUGAGGGCCCUGUCGAGUCGAUGUGGUCUAGAUGUGCCCCUCUCAUCUCUUGGGCCUGCUGUCAUUGUCUUCCAGGAAACGACACACACCCAACUGCUGGGCCAAGACUCAAAGGUGCCCGGUCAUGCUGACACGCUGCUCCAGAAGCGAUUUCAUGACCUGAAUUUGGGAACAGAGGCCUUCAGUUCGGUACAGUAUGUCGGCACUCAGACCAUCACACCUCCCACAGAGUACAGCAGACUGCUGGAGGCUGUCGAGCAGCAAGUGAAGAACACUCACACUCGCUCCCCCCGCCAGCCUGGGAUAGUGUUUCACGCUCUGGAAGCUCUGAGUGAGCGUUUCUGUGGAGAACUAUCAGAGGACAAGAUGACACUGUACUCCUUCUUCCCUGACGAGUACUUCACCUGCUCUGCCGUCUGCCUCAGCUGCAACAUUCGCUGUAAAAAUGGAAUGAACCAUCUGAGAGACAGGGUCCCCCACAUGGCGGAUGGACUGUGCCAGUAUGCGCACCAGUUCAACAACAAGGUCCUCAUCUGUAAGAGGUGCUAUGAAGGAGGCAGAGAGGUGAUCGUUGUACCUAAAACAUCCGCCUCCACCGACAACCCAUGGUUUGGACUGGCCAAGUACGCCUGGUCAGGGUAUGUGUUGGAGUGUGGUAGCUGUGGUGUAAUCUACCGCAGCAGACAGUACUGGAUGGGAAACCAGGACCCUGAGAGCGGCGUGGUGCGAUCUGAGGUCAAACACGUCUGGGAGGGAUCGGACACCUUCCUGACCAACCACCAGAACGCUGCCCAGAGGGUCCUGGACGGGAUGAACUACAUGAUUCAGUCGGUGUCCGAGUACGGCACCGGCCCCACCAAAGCUGUGACUGCCUGGCUCACCGAUCAGGUGGCACCUCCUUACUGGAGACCCAACGCAGAGAUCACUGCCUGUCACGGAUGUCAGAAGGUGUUUGAGGAGGCAGAGAGGAAGCAUCACUGCCGAUCAUGUGGCGAAGGGUUCUGCCAUCCCUGCUCCAGCCACAGGAUGCCGGUGCCCGAGCGGGGCUGGGGCAGCGGUCCUGUCAGGGUGUGUAAGGCCUGCUACCGCCAGGGAGGGCCUGCCGACACCAACAGCCAGGGUGAGACGUAUGCAGCCUGUCGGGGGAUAAACAGUAACGAACUGGCAAAAGUCCUUAACUGCCUUGUUCUUGGCUUUUGUUUUGUGAAGGAUGUGGCUCGGCCAGACUACUGGGUGCCAGACCAGAACAUCACCCAGUGCCACCAGUGCUCUAAGACCUUCACCGCGGCCAUGUCCAAGCACCACUGCAGGGCCUGUGGGCAGGGAGUGUGCGGGCCCUGCUCCACACACAGCCGGCCCGUGCCCUCCCGAGGCUGGGACCACCCGGUCAGAGUGUGCGACAGUUGCCACGCCCGGACGGACUCCCUGUGACCUUCUCAAGCAGGGAAACUUUGCAAAGUGUACUCCGUCUUCCUCAGAUGAUUCAGAAACACACUGUGAAUCCUGGUACUGCUGCUCCGAGACAACAAGGGGAAUCGGCUGAACGGCACCGAACAGCAGGACUGGAAUCAGCUCGGUUUUUGUGGGAAAAGACUGGCUGCUUAAAGAGAUCUCCAUCCAGACUCACGGUGCUGACCAAGAAUCUGCUUUUCAUCUCAUCCGCUUUCCUUGACUGAUUCAGUCUCAGCUGUGAGACAAACAUGUAUCAUAGAUCACUUUCAUUACAGCCCCGCGAGUCAAACGGCUCCGAGACUAACUGGACAAGCUGGACACGCGUUUUUAACUGACAGGCUUUUAAGAAUUAAGAUCUUCAGCUCCCUGCAGUUUAUCAUUAUCGGAGCUUGAAGUCUCUGCUGCACUCUGGUGUAAGGCUUCCAUGUUCAGUCAUUCAUUUCUUUGCUUGCACUUCGCCGUAGCAGGCUGCCCAUUCUCACUUUGAACAAGGUGUUCGCUAGAAAUGACAAGAGAGUGAGAAAAAAGGAUGAACUUGGACGUGAGAAAUUGUGGAGUUUGACAGACUUUUAAAUUUCUGUGUCUUAAAGUUUUGAAGCCAUUUCAACCACUCAGUCUUUUGUUUGACUUCAGAGGAGAUGACUUUUAUCCUCCUCUGAACUCUCUCACCUGCAGAUCCUGGCGAAGACGAGCAUAAAAAUGAUCUUUUAGGGAAAAAAAAUUGUUCCUGCGUUACUCAGGGCAGAAAGAGAGGAGAGGUGGAGAAACAACAACAAGCAGCAGCAGCGUGUGCCUUCAUGGGAAUCUUACAACCCAUUUCUGUAGCCCCUUAGGUUUGUUUUGGGGAUUCCUUCAUAUGUGCAAGGACUAACGAGAUUAUUUGUGCCUAUUUACAGAGCAAUGUCAUUUACAGCCUUGCUCCUCUAACUCCUACAGUUGUAUCUGCAGUAUGCUGAAGUGGAGAAUAAGAUCUGUAGCUUAACACACGUAGACAUUCCACUGUAUGGAAGUAUCUGUGUACUCGUGUAGACUGACCUUUCUGGGGUUAUUGUAAGAAAUGAAGCACUGAUGUUUCAGGACGCUCUCAGAAUAAUGAAUACACCUGCACCGGAUCAUUGAGGUGUGCUUAUUUCAAAGAUACUAAAUCACUUGACCACAUAAAGUACAAAUUCUAUAAACAUUGAUGAAAUGAGGGAGUUUGUCUGUAAAAUCCUGGAUGCUUUGUGCUGUUCUUUGUCUAGAAAUAACCACUUCAGUCAAAUCUAGCAAUUGACAAUCUUGAUUUUUCUUUUUUAAAUAAAUGAAGCUUAUUCACAGAACAGAAAA